AUCCAAGGCACAUGUGUCGCAUCAACCAAAUUUGCUUACCCAAACAAAUCUACUGCAGUAGAUAAAUCACGGAAGAUAUAUAAAAUGGAAAACGGUGUUUCGUAUUCUGAAUACAUACAAAAUGACAGUUCGCCAUAGAGUGAUUUUCCUUGCUUUUCUCUCUUUCCACGUUAUAGUGACAGAUUGCGCAAAUAAUUCACAGGAUGUUACAGUGACAAUACCGAAAGGAAAAAUACGUGGUCUGCAGGAUCAUACACAGAGUGACACGACGUACUAUGCAUUCAGAGGGAUUCGAUAUGCUCAACCUCCUGUAGGGGACCUUAGGUUUGAGAAUCCUGUGCCGAUAGGUGCCUGGAAUGGCACUUACGAUGCAAGAGAGGACAGAGCUCAGUGCAUACAAGGUGUUUCUGGUGACGGGUCUGAAGAUUGUCUCUUCUUAUCAGUAUACACACCUUCAUUAAAUUCAUCGACACCUCUUCCAGUACUAGUAUGGAUACAUGGUGGAUUUCUUUUGACAGGAAAUGCUUCUUUUGCUCAGCAAGAUCCAGAAUUUCUCCUGGAUGAGAACAUCAUCUUCGUUGAAAUCCAGUACAGGCUGGGUAUAUUCGGUUUCAUUUCUACCGACGAUGAAGUGCUUCCUGGCAAUGUUGGACACAGAGAUCAACUGUUGGCUUUGAAGUGGGUCCAUGAAAACAUUCAAUAUUUUGGAGGAGAUAAAGAUAAGGUCACUUUGGGUGGUCAAAGUUCAGGAGCUGUUUCUGUAUCAGUUUUGACACAGUCGCCACUUGCAAAGGGGCUAUUCCGUAGCGUAAUCAUGCAAAGCGCCACGUCCCUGUGUCUGUGGUCCAGAGCACUAAGAGCCAAUGAUACUUCCUUCAAGACUGGUCUGUUAACCGGUAACAUAACACAAGAUUCUAGGAAGUUGAAGGAACAUCUGAAAACGGUAGAUGUUAAGAAUUUACAAAAAGCAUUCCAAACUUCUUUUGGACUGGUGACGGCAGAAGAUCCUCUUGCUGGGUCUGGAAUAGGGACAGUUUUAGAGCCGCAGAGUGAAAAUGCACUUUUCUCUAACAAUAGCUAUGAUUCACUAAAAGCGGGAAACUUCAACCAGGUACCAAUGCUUGUGGGUGUUAAUUCGAAUGAAGCUUCUUACUACGAUGGUCCUGUAGUGUUCCUCAUGGCUUUCUCGUCGAGAUACGAUGUUGACCAUAAGAGUCUGGCUCCCAUUGACAUGACAGAUGAUGACCAAAAGCGUCUUGAAGCUGGAAACGAAGUGAAAAAUGAAUACUGGGGAUUGUUACCUGUAGGACUUCAAGAUAAUCACAGCAUAACUUAUAUCAGUGACUCACAGUUUGUCAGGCCAAUCAGAGAGUUCGUAAGGCAAACGAGUAAACAUGUACCUGUCUACUUCUACGAAUUCAGCUACGAAGGGGAUGAUAUUGGAAAAGGUGAUAGCAAAUAUGCAGGUGUAAUGCAUGGUGCCGAGCUACAAUUCCUCUUCAAGAAAGAGACUGGCAGCAUCUCAGACAGGGAUCGCCUUACAAGGAGAAGAUUGACAAGGAUGUGGGCAAACUUCGUAAAGGACAGUAACCCCAUACCGCAGAAGGACCCCUUAUUACAAAACGUGACAUGGCCAACGUCUACAGUAAGCAACAAUUUCACAUACCUGGAUAUAGGAGACGACCUGGUGCUUGCGAACAAUAUUUCUGAAAAAGAAAUGACGUUCUGGGAUAACCUCUACGCAGAAUAUGGAAAAGGUUCAUAUGACACGUACUGAUACUGUGUAUCAUUAACUUUGUACAUUUGUUUUUGUUAGCAAUAAUUUUUUUAGUCGAUCAUUGAAAAUAUUUUAUUCAAGUACCCGUGGAUACAAUGGGGGUAUAGGGAGAUACAGGAGAACAAACUCUAGCGAGGGAGUACAUGCGCAUGCAACAUGCACACACUUGGAGAUCCGUCGGGUGGUACCUCUCAGACCGUCUACCAUCUACAAAGAAUCACGACAUCCAUAUCAAAAGAAAAAUUAUUCUGGAACGAGAUUUGAACCUGCGCUGCUCCACGCCACUGAUUAUUAGAAACGUAGCGUCUUUCACUACGCCACCGCGCUACCUAGGUUGAUCCUUCUCCGGUUUUUUGGACACUUUAAACUAUAAAAAAGCAUUAUCAAAAGCUUAUAGCGUCGAUACAUUGACUCUGUACUUUUCGUUCUUUCCACGUAAUUAUGUGAUCAUGCUAAAACGAAAGUGAGACACGUUAUCCCCUCAAAGAACAAGUACUUUUAAAAAACAUAAAAAAUAACUCGACUUAAGGGCAAAUCUAGAGACAUCUCGUAUGUCCAAAUACGUCAAGCUGUUUCAACUGUAGCCGUGAAAUACGAAUUCCAAGGUUUAUUUUAUUAUUAGAAUCCGCAAUUUGGUUUUAUAUAAUUUUAAUAUAGCCAGUAUACGUCAGUAUCCGACGCAUUGAAAGACCUUGUAUGUCAAAAUCAUGCCUUUUGGUGUGUAGCCCGUGAAAUGUGGAAAACAUAUCCCUCAUUCUAAGGCAGUUGGGUAAUUAAUAAACACACGUAUAACAAAAAGAGAUUAGAUCAAAUCACUCAGAUGGAAUCAAAAUUCUACUAGAUAGGUUCACUUGUAAAGCUUCUUUGGCAAACGUAUACCGUAUACCUAAUAGUCCCUACUUAUACUAUGAAUGCGGCAGAGUAUACCUGUACCUCAGAGCCAGACUAUUUUUAUUUUUUAUUUAUUAUUCUUAAAUAGAAAAGUUUUAUAUGUUAGACCAUGAUAACAUUGUUCAUUUGCUACUUGUAGUCUCCACGUAAGGGUUACGUUACAUGUUGCUUAGUAGAAGAAAAACAUAUUGAACGCCAUAUUCCCAAAACUACUUAUUUCGUCUAAACCUAAGUACAAAUAUUUGUAUGUAUGUUCUUCCCAAAAUGUCUGAAUCGAUUUUAAAGAAUUUUGGUUCAAUAGAUUAGUUCUUUGUGACAGACAUGGGCUACUUUUGUUGCAAAAAUAAAACUAGUGAUAUAGGGGGUGAAAGUUAUUAUAGGGAAACUAUUAUUUUUAAAUCUAGGAAUACUGGUAUGGGUUAUCCAUAUUUGGUUUUUAGACAUAACACAUAUACACACAAACCUCUGAAAUAUCACGCCUAAGGCCUGAAGUUGGAGUUGACACUCUUGAGGCUGAAAAGCCUAGAAUAUUUCAAAGGACGCCAAUAAUUUUAUCUUCAAAAUAAAACGUAUUAUGAAA